GAGGCGGUACACUCGGAAAAACUGGAUUUCCCUCUUCCUUAUUUUCAAGCUGUUCAUUUUCCACGGAAUAUUUACCACUGAUAUGAUAAAUAUAUAAACUGAACAGUUUAUACGUUCGGUUUCUGUCUAAUUUCAGUAAAAUAUUAUGAAUUAAUUUCUCUACAAAGUUCUUAAAGCCGCGGUGACGAGACGAAGCUGAGAGCUUUGUGCUCAGCAUGUGUGCGUCGGUGAAAUACAGCUCUCGUGGUCCAGCUCUCAUCCCUCGCAUGAAGACCAAACACCGGAUCUACUACAUCACCCUAUUCUCCGUGGUGCUGCUGGGUUUAAUCGCCACCGGAAUGUUCCAGUUCUGGCCUCAUUCCAUCGAGUCCUCAGCAGAGUGGACUCUGGACCGCCGCAGCGUGCACGACGCCCCGCUGGUCAAACUGCCCGCGUCCAGUCCCAUCCCUGAGAGAGGAGACCUGAGCUGCCGCAUGCACACCUGCUUCGACGUCUACCGCUGCGGCUACAACCCCAAGAACAGGAUCAAGGUCUACAUCUACCCCCUGCAGAGGUUUGUGGACGAGGUGGGCGUGCCCAUCAGCAGUAGCGGUCUGUCCCGUGAGUAUAACGAGCUGCUGAGUGCCGUCUCCGACAGCGACUUCUACACCGAUGAUGUCACUCGGGCGUGUCUCUUCAUCCCGUCCAUCGACGUGCUGAACCAGAACUCGCUGCGCAUCCGGGAGACCGCGCAGGCUCUCGCCAUGUUACCCAGAUGGGAUAAGGGGAUGAAUCACUUGCUGUUCAACAUGUUACCAGGAGGACCUCCGGACUAUAACACGGCGCUGGACGUUCCCAGAGACCGAGCUUUGCUAGCUGGAGGUGGUUUCUCGACGUGGACCUACAGACAAGGCUACGAUGUCAGCAUCCCCGUGUACAGCCCCCUGUCGGCUGAAGUCGACCUCCCCGAGAGACAGCCCGGCCCGAGGAGAUACUUCAUCCUGUCAUCUCAGACAGCCGUCCAUCGGGAGUACCGCUCGGAGCUGGAGAGGCUGAAGGAGGAGAACGGAGAGUCCAUCCUCCUGCUGGACAAGUGCAGUAACCUCUCUCAGGGCGUGGCCUCGGCCCGGAAACGCUGCUCCAAGGGCCAGACGUACGACUAUCCCCAGAUCCUACAGGAGUCGUCGUUCUGCGUGGUGUUACGUGGCGCUCGACUCGGCCAGGCCGCACUCAGCGACGUGCUGCAGGCAGGGUGUGUUCCUGUCAUCAUGGCCGACUCGUACAUCCUGCCCUUCUCUGAGGUGCUGGACUGGAAAAGAGCAUCAGUCGUCAUUCCGGAGGAGAAGCUUCCGGAGAUGUAUACGAUUUUGAAAAGUAUUCCUCAUCGACAGGUGGAGGAGAUGCAGAGACAGGCUCGCUGGUUCUGGGACGGGUACUUCAGCUCCAUGAAGGCCAUCGGACUGACCACGCUGCAGAUCAUCAACGAUCGCAUUUACCCCUACGCAGCACGCACGUACGAGCAGUGGAACAACCCUCCGGUCGUGAAGUGGUCCAGCGUGAACAGUCCACUGUUCCUCCCGCUGAUUCCUCCUCGGUCCCCAGGGUUCACCGCUGUGGUUCUGACUUACGACCGGGUCGAGAGUCUCUUCAGGGUCAUCACGGAAAUCUCCAAAGUGCCGAGUCUCGCCAAGCUGCUGGUGGUCUGGAACAACCAGAACAAGAGCCCACCUGAAGAAUCUCUUUGGCCCAAAAUCGCUGUUCCUCUCAAAGUGGUGCGCACCAAAGAAAACAAACUCAGCAAUCGCUUCUUUCCCUUCGAUGAGAUCGAGACGGAGGCAGUGCUGGCCAUCGAUGAUGACAUCAUCAUGCUGACCUCUGACGAGUUGCAGUUUGGAUACGAGGUGUGGCGGGAAUUCCCAGACAGGCUGGUGGGAUAUCCCGGUCGACUCCAUUUAUGGGACCACGAGAUGGGGAAGUGGAAGUACGAGUCAGAGUGGACCAACGAGGUGUCGAUGGUGUUGACCGGAGCUGCGUUUUAUCACAAGUACUUUAAUUAUCUGUACACGUACAAGAUGCCGGGAGACAUUAAGAACUGGGUGGACGCUCAUAUGAACUGCGAGGACAUCGCCAUGAACUUCCUGGUGGCCAACAUCACGGGGAAAGCUCCGAUAAAGGUGACGCCGCGUAAGAAGUUCAAGUGCCCCGAGUGCACGGCGAUCGACGGGCUGUCGCUGGAUCAGACGCACAUGGUGGAGAGGUCCGAAUGUAUAAACAAAUUCGCGUCUGUAUUCGGCACCAUGCCUCUGAAGGUUGUGGAACACCGUGCUGAUCCUGUUUUAUACAAGGACGACUUCCCGGAGAAGCUCAAGAGUUUUCCCAACAUCGGAAGUUUAUGACCGAGUCCCGCUCCUGUUCUUUACACCUUCAUCACGUGACAGAUUCUCCAGGACUCAUCGGUGAUGUUUAACUUCUUUUUAAGAUAAGAAGCGCUUCUUCUGGUUAAUCAUGUGACAUGACGUGAUGUGACGGGGGGAGGGGGGGAGGAAACGUCCUGUUGCUGUAUCUACAUGCGUUCUUUUAUCGAGAUGGAUCUCCAGGAACUUGGAAGGAACAGCUGCAGAUCGUGUCUGUCAAUAACACUGAAAAUUAGAGUCCACUGAGCAGCCACGUUUCACCGUAUGAAGCAAAAAUUGUACUUUUUACACGUUUUUAUGGAAACCGAGGAUUGGAUUGGAGUCUCGGAGCAGUCUAUUAAACUCCCAGGAGCUCUCAGUGAUCCAGUUUUACGUUUCUCACUCUUCUCUGAAUUACUCACGUUUUACUGUAUUUCACUGUAUUUACGGAAUAAUUCUUAAUACUGUUCAAUACAAAGUCAGAAAAAGGGUUCUAUCGGUUAAAAACGUAAAGAAGUAAAAAAAAAAAUUACGUUUAUUUUUGUAAAAAUUCAUCAGUACAAAAUUGCACGCUCAAGCUGCUACGUACAGUAAGCAAACUUUCUUUGCUAUAAACAGGAACUUAAAUCCAGUCACAUUUCGUUUCCUACAUUCUUAAAAACCGUACUUUUCUCAAGGGUUCUUUAAAGUGAUGAUUUAAUUUGCGAAGCCAGCGUUCUUCGCUUUUUAUUAAUAUAAAAUAUCUAAUGGUUCUACAUUUAGAAACCUUUCAAGUUUCUACAUCGAUCCAGACAAUAAAAUGUUUCCAAGCAGAACUAUUUUAAGAACCUAGAACUCUUCAAUUAUCCACUGAACUCCUAAAGAACACUAGUAGAACCCUGUGGGAACCAAGAGCUCAACAUUAUACUUGUGACAAGUUCGAGGAAUUAAGAAGAAAUGAUGAGCAGUAAUUUGGAGCUUGUACUGCACACUUACUAAGUUCAUACGCACACUCUUAGAACAGGGGUUCUUUGAGGGUUCUUUAGCUUCGUAAAAAAGUACAACUUAUUUAGAACCAUUAAUUUAGAACUGUUCUUUGGUGUUUGCUGGCUUUCUGUACGUAGAACCCGAUGGCGCGAUGUUUAGGAUGGGAAGAACUAUUCAUUUUCCCUGAACUCUUAAAGAACCCAUUGUUCUAAGAGUGCGUAUUAACACACCUCUUGUGGUUAAGUGUGUGGUACAAACUCCAAAUUAUUUUCUUCUUCAUAUCAUUUAUUCUUAAUAUCUAGAACUUGUCAGGAGUUUAAUGUUUAGCUGUCAUAGUUCUCCAAACACCCUUAGAAAAUAAGGGUUCUUGAAGGGUUCUUUCAUGGUAUUUUGAAUCAUUAAUGGUUCUUAACUUUUUUAAAAGAAGGGGUUCUUAAAAAAAAGUUUGAUUGGGAAUUAUUUUGUUGUCGGAUUCUACAUGGAGUUCUCACAGAGAAACAACCAAAGAACCAUUAACGUCUCGAUGGAGAACCCUACAAGACAAUAUUCUUAUCAAGAAAAGUUUUUGAAAGUUAAGAACCCAAAAAAGAGUAUUUUGAAAAAUGAGGUGUUAUUCAUUUCAGUUACAUAAAAAAUAGAGUUCUGUGAUGCUGAAGCAUCAGAUCUCCAGAGAAGCUCCAAAGUAUUCCUUAUUAGCUGCUUCUUAAACUCUAGAACCUGUCAGGAGGAGAACAUUAAAAUUUAGCCUUGGGAAGAAAAAAAAAAAAAGGGUUGUUGAAGCUUCCAGCACUUUAUUCUCUUUAUUCUUGGGAAAGAGUGUUGUAGGGUUUUGCAUAGAACCUUUAAAGAAUUCCCCCAUGUGGAAAAGCUGAAGAACCAACACUUAGUUUCUAAUAGGGUAGUCGCACUAGAGGCGGAAUGAGCCGGAAUGCCGUCAGAAUUAAAAUUCUUCGUGUAUUCCGGGAUAUUCGAAGUGCAUUCUAAAAAUUCUGAGUGCAUUCCAAACAUUCGGGCCCAUUCUUGUGGCCGGCCCGAAUGUUUUGCUCGUGCUCAAAACAUUCGAGGCGCAUUCGAAGAGGAGAAAUAUCGAACGGCAUUCGAAGUGUAUUCUCACUGCAUUUCGACUGCAUUCUAAAUGUUCUUACGGCAUUCCAACAGCAUUCAAAACAUUCUGAUCGUAUACGAGGGAAGAAUCGAAAUGGCAAGCCACUUCAAAUCCUGCCAGAAUGUCUCGAAUGAGCCGGAAUGCCAUCGGAAUGAAAAUUCUUCAUAUAUUCCAGGAUAUUCUAAGUAUUCGAGCUGCAUUCUCUUUGAAUUCUUAGACAUUCGAAACACAUUCGGCGGCUGUUCCGGGAGCGUUCUGACUGCAUUUGAGGUGAAUUCGUACAGCAUUCAAGGCACCUUCCGACCAGACUUCGGGUGGUAUUCGGGCAGCAAUCGAACCGCACUCGUACGGCACUCGAAGUGCAUUCUUAAUAUUCUUACUGCAUUCUAACAGCAUUCUAGGUGUUCCUACUGUGUUCCAACUACAUUUGAACUGCAUUCGAAAGCUAAUACAUCUGGAAUGUGCAAGAAUCAUUCGAGGCGGGUUCGAAGCGCAUUCUAAGGCCCUGUUUACAUUAUUUCGAAUCAACGGAUCAUCAGAUUAACGUUUUUAAAACGAUUCGCGUACACACACAAAUAGCAGGAAGUGAAGUCCGCGCCGUUUUUCAGCAGUCGCGUCACAUGACCAACGUGGCAUGACCAACGCCAGCGAAUCAGGAAGGUGGAUGUCACAGUGACGUUGUCCAGUGACGACGUCAGCUAGAGCUCAGCACUGCGUAUCCUCGUUCCUCAAUGUUUACACAGCACCGGAUCAGAUACGUACCGGGUUGAAUACGUGGGCCCUGGCGGAUUCAAACUGUUCCGCCUGUGGAGUCGUUUCCCGGCGUUUUAAUGUGCACGGACAGUGCAUCCGCAACGAAAACGAUACGGAUACGGUCUAAUGUAAACACCACCUAAGUAUUCGAACGGCAUUCUUACAAAGCUGUAAGAAGGUUGGUCAGUUUGAAAUUCCCGCCCGAAUGUGGCACGAAUUUUUUAAAAAAUUUUCAUUCCGGCUGGUUCUGCUUGAUUCCUGCUAAUUCCAAAUAAGUGUGACGGGGCCUUUACUUUUCUCUGAAGUCUAGAACUUGUCCAGGUUUUACAGGUUUUUAAAAAUAAUUUUUUUCCCCCAAACACUUUUAAGAAAUAAGAGAGUCAGAUUUUUUUUCCUGCAGUGAAAAAUUUCAGCACUUUCCACUCAAACGUUUAGAAAUUCUUCAAAAAUCAGAAACGGAAAUUUUAAAGCAUCUGAACGAACACUAAGAGACGCAGUGAUGGUGCGUUCAAAGACGUAGAAACACUGUCCUUGUUUUUUAUCAGGGUACUGUUUUUGUGUUGUGAAAAAUCGAAGAUAAAUUCACUUUAUUUAUCGAACAAUUCGCCCUGUUUUUUUUAAACGACGUGUGGGUUUUAGUUUGUGAUCUACGGAGCAGGGAAACCGAUUUGUACAGCAAACACAGAGGUGCCAAUAUUUAUGGUUAAUUGUAGCAUUGUAAUCGAUAUUCAACUGGUUCCUUUGGUGAUGCCGGAUCUGAAAAAUGUGCUGCCUUUUUAAAUUUUUAUUUUUUUGUCUAAAGCAGAAGGGGAAAGGACGCUGGCGUGAACGAUUGUGAUUAUUUUUUUUUUUUUUGUCUUGUUCAGUCAAUUUCACCAUGUCCUGACUUGUGAGCCAAUAGGAAACAAGUAGGCGGGACUACCGAAUCUUUGAUCCAUAUGAUAAAAAUGGAGGAGAUGCUAAUUAUUAACGAAUGCUCACAUCAAGGAGACAAUUCACCAUUUCAUCCACUAAUAUAAGCUUAACACACUCCCCGGCCACUUUAAUAGGAACUUGCUGAUUCUGAGCUCCCUGUUCUUGGCUGCAGGAGCGGAACCCGAUGUGGUGUUCUCUCUCUGUUGCAUGCCAAGAUGCUUUUCCAUUUAACUCCACUUGAACGAUUUAAACUACUGUUCUUGUGAUGUUCUUCAAACUCCUUCGGUUCACAUUUGAUUUUUUUUUCCCUCUCCCCGCAAGAGCAGGUGGAUGUAGGGGUGUUCCUAAUAAAGUGGCCAGCGAGUGUGUUAGUGGUAAAAUUCUGGAUUUUUUUUUUUUUCUUUUUUAAAUUUCCCACUUGCUAAGGUUCUUGUUCGCCUUCAAUGCUGGCACGUCUGUAAAUACUGCGGUCUUUAGUCUGUCGUCGCAUUUCGCUUUAUUGCUUGUAAAAUAUCAGUCUGUGUGAAGGUUUUUUUUUUUUUUAAUAUAUAAAUGUUAUUAUGAUUAUUAUUUUAGACAAUCAAUAGAAUAAAUAUUGAGUCGCGUGUCUUGUCUGGACUGACAUGUUUAUGAACGUUCCUCAUUAAAAGUUUACAAAAAAAAAAUACGUCAUCGAUUAACAAGAUUCCAGAUAAGUCUGCAUUUUCUCUCUCUUUUUUUUUAAAAUAAAUGUUUCUUUAAA